AUGCUUCAUAGGAGAUUUGACGAGUCGGAAACGGCAUUUUCAUGCAAGAUUCCAUGGCAGAUCUGGGAACUCGUCCCAAGCCCCAUCCACUCCGCACCAUCAAACCCCAACGAACCAAUACCCGGAAUGUCUCUUCAUCUUGGCCCAUCUCUCCAACCUCUCGGCGGAUCUUCUCCGGCACCUGUAUUCGCCUGGCUCGAGCAUUCUUUCAACAGAAUCCAGCCCGAGAUGUGCAAUUUUGAUUAA